AUGUUCGUGUCGGGGCCGCGCUCGCACGGGGGCGAGGAUGAGUCCACUGGCUCCGACGAGGAAAGCGACCACAAUGAAGACCUGCUGCAGUGUGCUUGGGUGUUGCAGAGGCGGCGCGAGGAGUGCGAGCGGAAGGCUCGCCGCGGGGAGAUGGACCCGCGGCUCGAGUUCACCUUCCAGCUCCUCAUCGACGGCACCGGCCUACCGCGCACCGAACUCAUGGACUACGUCUUCGAUGGAAACAUGCUGGACGAGAUAAAUCAGUUAUUCCUUCCACACAUGAGGAACAAGCUGCUGUGGUUCUUUCAAGAAGUGGAGGAGCCAGAGAUACCCGCCACAACGGAAGCGCCCGAUACUCUUCGUGGCGGCAUUCUUUCGGUCACUAUCGUGUCUGGAAGCGCGUCCAGCGGCGGGCCGCGCAAGAAGCUUUUCCUCACCGACGGCUGCCAGGUGCCGCUCUCUGGCAUCUGCAUCUACGUCUUCCGCCUCAACACCGGCAAGCAGCUGCCCGAGGAGGGCUUCCACAAGGACCUGUUCUGUGGCGUGCUGGACAUGGCUCGCGUCGGACUGGUGACGUCGGUGGAGCGAGUAAUGGAGCACGUCUUCAUGGAGGCGCUCGCCUACCCCGCGCCGGACGUCGACGACGACGACUGCACCUGCCCGCUGGUGCGCAACCAGCUGCUGCCCGGCCUGCGCUCCUUCUGCAGCGCCCUCAGGGUGUGCGAGGAAGUGUGCGACGAGCCGAACCUGUUCGAGGACGGGCAGACCCUGAUGGCUGGGGUGCGCAGCCUGGAGGAGGCUCGCGAGAUGAUCGCCACGGCCGACCAGCUGGCCGCCCUCGAGGCGCGCGUCAAGGUCUGGAUGCGCCGCGUCCAGGAGGUUUUGAUGGAGAGCCAGCAGCUGCGUCGAGAGAACGACUCCAGUGGCCCUCAAGACGAGCUGGAGUACUGGAAGAAACGGGGAGCGCAAUUCUCGCAGAUAGUUUCUCAUCUGCAAAGCAAGGAGGUUCAGAUGACCAUACAGUGCCUGGCACAAGCACGCUCGAAAAUUUUAAAGCACUGGAAAGACACCGAUCGAAAAAUUACCUACUGUUACAAUGAAGCACGUGAUAAUGCAAAAUUCAUUCAGUCAAUGGAAAAAUGUUGCCAUUCACUCUACCUGCACGAUCCGGUACGAAUGAGAGAUUCUAUUUUAAGUCUACUGCAAACAGUUCGCUUGAUACACAGCGUUUCGCAGUUCUACAAUACAUCUGAAAGGACCUCUUCCUUAAUGGUCAAGAUAACGAACCAGAUGAUAGAGACGUGCAAGCAGUACAUCACGAACCGCGGCAAGGAGACCAUCUGGUCGCAAGAGCGCGCGGAGGUUCGUCGCAAGCUGGAGCACUGCAUCCGGCUGAACAGUACCUACCGCAGCACGUACAGCGUCGUCAAGAGCCAGCCGUUUCUCCCGGGCCAGACCUCCUUCAGCUUCUCCGAGAACUACGUCUUCGGCAAAUUCGACGCCUUUUGUGACCGUCUCAACAAAAUUAUCACCAUGUUCAAUCUUGUUGACGAUUAUAACAUUUUAUUUGAAAGGCGCAUGGAAGGUCUGCUUCUUGGGGAAGCUCUGGAAGACGCCAUGAAGACGUUCGAAGAAGCUAAAAGUGGAGUAACAUCUAAAGUGUACGAUUACCUCGACCAGCGAAAUAUUGAAUUUGACGCCGAUUUUGAGAUUUUUCUUGCAAAAACUAAUGAGCUCAAAGAACAUGUUGGAUCCAUGAUAGAGGAAAAUUUUGACAGCGUUUGGGAGAGUCCUCAAGGAAUUCGUUUCCUUAUUCGUUUUGAAAAGGUGAGCGAAAAGAUCCCCUUGACGAAGAUGGAUGACAAGUACGAGCGAGUCAUCAAAUACUGCGAGCGUGAAGUGGAGAGAAUAAUGAAGCUGUUCCGCAAGCAAAAGGACGAUCCUCCGAUGCCACGCAACUUCCCUCCCACAGCUGGGCGCAUCGCGUGGGUGCGGUCGCUGUACUCGUACCUGUGGGAGCUGGUGCGCAGCGCGUCGUCGCACGUCGUGCUGCGCGGCAUGGCGGCCACGGCAGACCUGGUGCGUAGGCACGGGCACGUCGCCGCCGCGCAGCUCGCCUACGAGGCGGAAACCAUCGACGCCUGGAUGAACCAGAACGCGUGGGUGGUGGAGGAGGGUUUGUCGCGCACGCUGUUGACACUGAACGAGGAGCCGGCGGGGCUGGCGGUGAACCUGGACAACCGUGUGCGCCUCGUGCUGCGCGAGGCCGACUGCCUCGCCAAGAUGGACGUGCCGCUGCCUGUCGUCACGCAGACGCUGCUGGCCAACACCAAGUACUUCACGCUGGUCAACGACUCGCUGCAGAUGCUUUUGAAUCAGUUCACGACAGCAGUGCAGCGUGUGAAGCUGGAAGUACGACCAUUGUUCCUACCGCAGUUGGUUCGUCUGACAAACCUGCUGGCUCCCGGACUCAACAACAUCACAUGGACCAACCCAGAGUGGAAGAAUUUCUGUAAUAGCACUUCGGAAGCAAUAAGAAACUUCGAUAUUCUCGUUACAAGGGUCAACGACGUUUACUCAAACCGAAUAUUAAAAGUCUUAGCUAGCAUGCAGAAAGUGUGUCUCCACGCUUUACCUCAAGACGAGCCUUGGAGUGUGGAAGAGUUUCUACAGCAGACAGAGGAUAUCUGUCGAAAUGCGGCUAUUGAAUUAAAUCGAAAGAGCCUUAUGGUUGAAGAAGCAGUAGAAGAAGUGCUGGAAUUGGUAAGAAGAGCUGGAGAAGCAAUGAAAACUAGUUCAGAUGGGGAUGUUUUCAGCUGCAUGCUUGAUGAGCAGGAAGCCGCGGGCGGUGCAGGCGGGAACGGCAGCGUGGUGUCGGGGAGUUCGAACCAGCAGCAGCAGGACUGGAGCCUGGUGUGGGAGUGCUUCGACAGCCCGCACACGCUGCUCGCCACGGGCAACGGAGGGCUCUCCAAGGUGAUGCAGGAGCUGGUGCGCAACGCGGUCGCCGAAAUGCGCCGCUACUACAGCCGCAAGGUGGUCGACGUGCUCAUCAGAGUCACCAGGCACUCGCUCGACUGCCUGCGGAAGCGCUUCUACGUCGACCUGGAAGGAGGUGAGCCAACACUUACACUUCUGCCAGUUUUCCUGCUGAACGCAACGCUGAUGAUCCCCAAGGUGGUGGUACGGCCCAGCCUCGAAGACGUUCAGGACGCUCUCGCCACGGCCGGCAAGAACAUCUCCAGCGUCGCGAAGGGCGUCGGCCAGUGGACUGGUGGUCAGAGCCAACAGCAGGCGGCGCGCGGCCCCGAGGACGCCCGCUCGCGCCGCCGCAAGCUGUACCGCCUCGCCUCCGACGAGCGGCCCUCCUUCCCGCAGCAGGCACGCAACUUCUACAGCCACGUCAUGGAGAACAAGGAGGUCGUCAAGACGCUCUCUCUGCUCUCCACCUGCACGCAGGACGUGCGACAGGAACUGACGGCGUUCCUGGAGCGGUGGCGGCCGUACGAGUUCCUGUGGCAGACGGAGCGCGGAAAGCAGGACAUGAUGGCUGCUGGGCUUGCAGAGUUCGAGGCGUCGCUGCGCCGACACGGCGAGCUCGAGGCGCGCCUCAGCGUCGAGCCAGACAUGCACGUCUUCGCCAACUGCCUCGCCGUCUCCGCAGAGAAACUAAAAUUUGGUCUACUGACUGAGGUACGGGCAUGCACCUACCGCAUCGGACAGGCGCUGAAGAAGAAAUACCGGCGGGAGAUGGACUACGUGUACGCAGUGAUCAGCGAGAUGGAGCGGAAGCUCGAGAGGCCCAUCCGAGACCUGGACGACGUGAGGCUCGUCAUGGACACGCUGCGCAAGAUACGCGAGCAGGAGGUCGACAUGGAGCUCCGCAUCGAACCCAUUGAGGAGGCGUUCAACGUGGUGACGCGCUACGAGCUGCCGGUGGCGCGCGAGGACCUGGAGCAGGUGGACAACCUGCGCUACACGUGGCAGCGGCUGCAGACGCGCGCCCUCGACGUGCACGUGCUGUUGCUCGCCAUGCAGCCGCACUUCCAGGAGGACCUGCGCGCCAACCUGGAGCGCUUCCGCCAAGACAACAUCGAGUACUGCCACGAGUACCGCACCAGCGGGCCCAUGAUGCCCGGCCUCACGCCCCGCGAGGCCUCAGACCGCCUCAUACUCUUCCAGAAUCGCUUCGACGGACUGUGGCGCAAGCUGCAGACGUACCAGAGCGGUGAGGAGCUGUUCGGGUUGCCCACCACGGACUACCCCGAGCUGGGCCAGAUCCGCAAGGAGCUCAACUUGCUGCAGAAGCUUUACAAGCUGUACAAUGAUGUCAUCGAUCGCGUCAGCAGCUACUACGACAUCCCGUGGGUCGAAGUCAACAUUGAGGAGAUCAAUAACGAACUUAUGGAAUUCCAAAACCGUUGCCGCAAGUUACCCAAGGGCCUAAAAGAAUGGCCAGCGUUCCACGCUCUCAAGAAAACCGUCGACGAUUUCAACGACAUGUGUCCUCUGCUCGAGCUGAUGGCCAACAAGGCGAUGAAGCCCAGGCACUGGCAGCGAAUUAUGGAAGUCACGAAGUAUAACUUCGAGCUCGACAGCGAAGGAUUUUGUCUGAAAAAUAUACUGGAAGCGCCUCUUCUUCCAAACAAGGAAGAUAUUGAGGAUAUAUGCAUCUCAGCAAUGAAGGAGAAAGACAUUGAAGCAAAACUGCGUCAGGUGACUAACGAGUGGACUGCUCACGAGCUCACUUUCAUGACAUUUAAUAACCGCGGGGAAUUACUUCUCAGAGGUGACACCACAGCGGAAACUAUUGGCCAGCUCGAGGACAGCCUCAUGAUCCUCGGCUCGUUGAUGUCUAAUAGGUACAACGCUCCUUUCAGAAAGCAGAUUCAACAGUGGGUACACGAUCUAGGCAACACCAACGAAAUUCUAGAGCGCUGGUUGCUCGUCCAGAAUAUGUGGGUUUAUCUUGAAGCAGUCUUCGUUGGCGGCGACAUUGCAAAACAGCUGCCCAAGGAAGCAAAGAGGUUCAGCAAGAUCGACAAGUCGUGGCAGAAGAUCAUGCAGCGCGCGCACGAGACGCCGGGCGUGGUGGCGUGCUGCGUGGGCGACGACAUGCUGAAGCAGCUGCUGCCGCACCUCCAGGAACAGCUCGAGCUCUGCCAGAAGUCUCUCAGCGGCUACCUCGAAAAGAAGAGAACGAUGUUUCCACGGUUCUUCUUCGUUUCGGACCCUGCGCUGCUGGAGAUCCUGGGGCAAGCCUCGGAUUCGCACACCAUCCAGAACCACUUGCUGUCUAUUUUUGACAACAUUCGCUACGUAAAAUUUCACGAAAUAGAGUACAACAAGAUGACAGAUAUCAUUUCCUCGGAAGGAGAAUCAAUCCAACUGGAGAGGGCGGUGCGCGCCGAGGGCAGCGUCGAGACGUGGCUGACAUCGCUUCUGCAGACGGCGCAGGCGUCGCUGCACUCCAUCAUCCGCCAGUCCUACACCAGUAUCAACGACCCCAACUUCAACGUGCUCACCUUCCUCGAUAAAAUGCCCGCUCAGGUCGGAAUAUUAGGAAUACAGAUGAUUUGGACCAGAGAUGGUGAGGCGGCCCUCAUGCAAGCUCGUGCUGACAAGAAGAUUAUGUCAGAGACCAACAACAAAUUUCUAGAAUUGCUUAAUACCCUUAUCGACCAGACGACCCGUGAUCUUACCAAGUUAGAGCGGAUCAAGUUCGAAACUCUCAUCACUAUACAUGUGCAUCAGCGGGACAUUUUCGACAUUCUGUGUCGCUUGAACGUCAGACACGCAAACGACUUUGAGUGGCUGAAGCAAUGCCGAUUCUAUUUCAAAGAAGAUGUCGACAAGACGUGGAUUGCAAUUACUGACGUGACCUUCACUUACCAGAAUGAGUAUCUAGGUUGUACCGAGAGACUCGUAAUCACACCGCUAACUGACAGGUGCUACAUCACACUGGCACAGGCGCUGGAGAUGAGCAUGGGAGGCUCCCCUUGCGGCCCUGCAGGAACGGGGAAGACGGAAACUGUCAAGGACAUGGGCAAAACGCUCGCCAAGUAUGUCGUCGUCUUCAACUGCUCAGACCAGAUGGACUACAGAGGCCUCGGACGCAUCUACAAAGGGCUGGCGCAGUCGGGAUCUUGGGGUUGCUUCGACGAGUUCAACCGGAUCGAGCUGCCGGUACUGUCCGUGGCGGCGCAGCAGGUGGCCGUCGUGCUGGCGGCCAAGAAGGAGAAGCGCAAGCAGUUCGUCUUCACCGAUGGCGACUCCAUCCAAAUGUGCCCGGAGUUUGGAAUAUUCAUUACUAUGAACCCUGGCUAUGCUGGUCGCAAAGAAUUGCCAGAGAACUUGAAAAUUCAGUUCCGCACAGUGGCUAUGAUGGUUCCAGACAGACAAAUUAUCAUUCGGGUAAAGCUAGCCUCCUGUGGCUUCCUGGAAAACAUCACUCUCGCCAGGAAAUUCUACACGCUCUACAAGCUGUGUGAGGAGCAGCUCACCAAGCAGGUUCACUACGAUUUCGGUCUUCGUAACAUUCUCUCUGUACUUCGAACUCUGGGUGCGGCCAAGAGAACAAACUGCAAGGAUUCGGAGAGCACAAUAGUCAUGAGAGUUCUUCGAGAUAUGAAUCUUUCUAAGCUCAUAGACGAAGACGAGCCGCUGUUCAUCUCUCUGGUAGCGGACUUGUUCCCCAACCAAGCGCUUGAGAAGACGUCGUACCCAGAUCUCGAAAGCGCGAUUGCCGAACAGGUAGAGGAAGCUGGACUCAUUUUCCAUCCACCUUGGGUUCUCAAGCUCAUACAGUUGUACGAGACACAGCGGGUGCGCCACGGAAUUAUGACUCUGGGUCCAGCAGGGGCCGGCAAAACCGCAUGCAUACACACGCUGAUGAAAGCGCUCACCGCCAUGGGACAGUUUCACAGGGAAAUGCGGAUGAACCCGAAAGCAAUCACAGCCUCACAGAUGUUUGGUCGCUUGGACGUAGCAACAAAUGAUUGGACAGAUGGAAUUUUUUCAGCAAUGUGGCGGAAGACGCUUAAACUGAAAAAAGGAGAAUAUGUUUGGAUGGUGUUAGAUGGGCCUGUUGACAGUAUCUGGAUAGAAAACUUGAACUCGGUCCUGGACGAUAACAAGACACUUACACUAGCCAAUGGGGACAGGCUUUCUAUGGCGCCCACCUGCAAAGUGAUAUUUGAACCAGAAAACAUUGAUAAUGCAUCUCCAGCGACUGUGUCACGGAACGGGAUGGUGUACAUGAGCUCCUCAGGGUUGGACUGGGACCCUGUCGUCUGUGCGUGGCUGAAGACGCGAAGCAAAAAGGAGAGUCAGAUAUUCCAGAAACUUUUUUCGGACUCCUUCCCUACAGCUUUUACGUGGUGCACACAAAAUCUUUCCUGGGCCAUGAAAGUUCUGAAGUGCGUCAUUGUCAGACAGAUGCUAAACCUGCUGGAAGGACUGGUCCCAGUGCAGGCAGAGGAGAAAGAGGAGAGCGUGGUGAUCGGCGUGCCUGGUGCGGCUGCGGCCAGCCCGGCGGCCGAGGAGGAGGACGACUCGAGCCGCCACAUGGAACCCGAGCACCUGCGCAAGCUGUACGUGUUCGCGCUCGUCUGGGGGCUGGGCGCCUUCCUCAGCAUGUCCGACAGACAGCCCUUCGACGUCUUCCUCAGGGACAAGCAGGCCGCGCUGGCACUGCCCCCCGCCACAGCCACCGUCUUCGAUUACGUCGUCACUAAAGAAGGUAAAUGGGAACUUUGGAGCAAUUUGGUGCCAAGUUAUUCAUACCCAGAGACUUCGACUCCUGACUACAGCACUAUAAUGGUUCCCAUAAUCGAAAACGUGAGAACAACGUUUCUUAUAGACACCAUAGCUUCGCAAACGAAAGCUGUUUUACUUAUCGGCGAGCAGGGCUCUGCCAAGACUGUCAUGAUGAAGGCUUACAUGAAGAAAUCCAACCCAGAAAUGUAUCUCAAUCGUUCCUUCAAUUUCUCUUCUGCUACGAGUCCAUUUCAGUUCCAGAAAACGAUUGAGAGUUAUGUUGAGAAGCGAAUGGGUAAUACUUUUGGUCCUCCAGGAGGUAAAAAAAUGAUGAUAUUUAUUGACGAUAUAAACUUGCCGGAAAUAAAUGAGUGGGGUGACCAAAUCACCAACGAGAUUGUGCGUCAGACUAUGGAUAUGAAGGGCUUCUACAGCCUUGAAAAACCUGGAGAGUUUAUAACUGUCGUCGACGUCCAGUUCGUGGCUGCCAUGUGUCUUCCUGGUGGAGGCCGAAAUGACAUACCGUCUCGCCUAAAGAAACAAUUUUCUGUGUUUAACUGCACACUGCCCACGGACACCUCCGUCGAUAAAAUAUUCUCUGUGAUAGGCGAGGGACACUAUAACGCCAAACGCGGUUUCACGUCAGAGGUGCGCCAGCUGGUAAAGAAAUUAGUCCCACUAACGAGACAGCUAUGGCAACGGACAAGGGCGAAAUUACUACCGACGCCUGCGAAAUUUCAUUACGUGUUCAGUCUUCGGGAUCUGUCUCGCAUUUGGCAAGGAAUGGUGGGCACCCUUUCAACUGUCAUCGAGAAUGAGUCAGUACUAAUGGUACUCUGGAAACACGAGUGCACACGCGUCUUCUCUGACCGGUUCACUCUGCAAUCAGACAAGGACUGGUUUGACCAUGAAUUGGUUCGAGUGGUUACCGAGUUGCUAGGUCCUUCGUACAGCGAAAUGGUUAAAUCUGAGCAUGUUUUCGUCGACUUCAUGAGGGACGCGCCGGAGCCGACGGGGGAGGAGGGCGAGGACGCAGACAUGGAGCUGCCCAAGGUGUACGAGCCGGUGUCCGAGUUCGGCGAGCUGCGUGAGCGCCUCGACAUGUUCCUCUCGCAGUUCAACGAGAUGGUGCGGGGCGCCGGCAUGGACCUCGUCUUCUUCCCGGACGCCAUGCUGCACCUGGUCAAGAUUUCGCGCGUCAUCCGCCACCCGCGCGGCAACGUCAUGCUGGUCGGCGUGGGUGGAAGCGGCAAGCAGUCCCUCACCAAGCUCGCCUCCUUCAUCGCCGGCUAUAAGACUUUCCAGAUCGCACUCACCAGGUCGUACAACGUUGCGAACUUCCUGGAAGACCUGAAACUUCUCUACCGAUCAUGUGGUGUCCAAGGGAAAGGUACGACUUUCAUCUUCACCGACCUAGACAUCAAAGAAGAAGGCUUUCUGGAGUAUCUCAACAACAUCCUAUCCUCUGGUGUCAUAUCGAACCUGUUCACGCGUGACGAACAGGCAGAAGUGAUUUCGGAGCUGACUCCCGUCAUGAAGCGCGAGAACCCGCGGCGCACGCUGAACCACGAGGUGGUGAUGGAGUUCUUCCUGACGCGCACCUGCCAGAACCUGCACGUCGUCUUUUGUUUCUCUCCGGUGGGAGAGAAGUUCCGGAACCGCGUAAUGCGCUUCCCUGCACUUGUGUCGGGGUGCACCAUCGACUGGUUCCAGCCCUGGCCACGGGAUGCUCUGGUCUUGGUAGCGAAGCACUUCCUCACUGACUUUGAAAUCGCUUGCACCGCAGAGGUCAAGUCAGAGUUGGUGAAUGCUCUGGGAUCCAUACAGGAUGUGGUUGCUACGACAUCCACAGAAUACUUCCAGAGAUUUCGCCGUGCAACACAUGUCACUCCGAAGUCGUAUCUCAACUUCAUUGGAGGAUAUAAGAACAUUUAUAAACAGAAGCAAUGGGAGCUAGGUGAAGGUGCGAGAAGAAUGGAUACGGGUCUAGCCAAGCUGGACGAGGCAUCUCAGUCUGUGGAGAUUUUGAAGUGCGAUUUGGCUGUCAUGGAACAAGAGCUCGCACAGGCCUCGCAGAAAGCGGAGAGGGUGCUGAUGGAGGUGACGGAUCGCGCCAUGCAAGCGGAGACGGUGAAGAACCAGGUGCAGAAGGUGAAGGAGAAGGCCGAGGCGCUGGUGGGGCUGAUCACGGCUGAGAAGGCGCGCGCCGAGGAGAAGCUGGAGGCUGCCAAGCCCGCGCUCGAGGAGGCCGAGGCGGCGCUCAACACCAUCAAGCCCGCGCACAUCGCGACGGUGCGGAAGUUGGGCCGUCCGCCGCACCUCAUCAUGCGCAUCAUGGACUGCGUACUCAUCCUGUUUCAGCGCAAGCUGCAUCCCAUCAUCGCAGACACCGCUGCUCCCUGCCCAAAGCCUUCCUGGGCAGAGUCUCUUAAGAUGAUGGCGAGCACUACGUUCCUUCUGCAACUACAGAAUUAUCCGAAAGAUAUAAUCAAUAACGAGAUGGUGGAACUGCUUCAGCCAUAUUUUGAGAUGGAAGACUACAACAUGGAUACAGCCAAAAGAGUUUGCGGUGACGUAGCUGGCUUGCUGUCUUGGACGAAGGCAAUGGCCUUCUUUCACAGUGUCAACAAAGAGGUCCUGCCUCUCAAGGCGAACUUGACGCUGCAGGAGGCGCGCCUCAAGGUGGCCAUGGAGGACCUGGCGCGCGCCGAGCAGGAGCUGGAGGACCGCGAGGGCGCGCUGCGCCAGGUCAAGGAGCAGUACGACGCCGCCGUGUCCGAGAAACAGCGCCUCACCGACGCCGCCAACGUCUGCCUGCGCAAGAUGACCGCCGCCACGCAGCUCAUCAACGGGCUGGGCGGGGAGAAGAUCCGCUGGACGCAGCAGAGCCGCGAGUUCAAGGAGCAGCUCGGCAGGCUAGUGGGUGACGUCGUAUUGGCUACUGGCUUCCUCUCGUACUGCGGCCCGUAUAACCAGGAGUUCCGGGCCGGACUCGUUAACAGCUGGAAGUCUACGCUCAAGUCCAAGGAGAUCCCGUUCACUAACGACCUGAAUAUCACUAACAUGCUUGUAGAUAGUGCGACGGUUUCAGAGUGGACCCUGCAAGGCCUGCCGAAUGACGAGCUGUCUGUGCAGAACGCUCUGAUUGUGACCAAAUCCAGUUCGUACCCACUGCUGGUUGACCCUCAGACGCAGGGCAAGAUGUGGAUCAAGCACAAAGAAGCCUGCAACGAGUUGCAGAUAACUUCCCUACACCACAAGUACUUCCGCACGCACCUGGAAGACAGUCUCUCCCUGGGCCGGCCGCUGCUCAUAGAGGACGUGGGCGAAGAACUCGACCCCAUCAUCGACAACGUCCUCGAGAAGAACUUCAUCAAAUCGGGCAGCAUAGAGAAGGUGGUUGUUGGAGACAAAGAAUGCGACGUAAUGCCCGGUUUCAUGUUGUAUAUCACAACAAAGCUCCCAAAUCCAGCAUAUUCACCAGAAAUUAGCGCCAAAACGUCUAUAAUUGACUUCACUGUGACAAUGCAGGGGCUGGAGGAUCAGUUGUUAGGAAGGGUCAUACUGAUGGAGAAAUCUGAUCUCGAGGCUGAGCGUGUCGCUCUGUUCGAAUCGGUGAUGCAGAAUCAGCGGAGUAUGAAGGAGCUUGAGAGCAAUCUCCUCAGUCGUCUCACUUCAACGCAGGGCUCUCUGGUGGACGACGAAGCGCUGAUACGGGUUCUGCAGGAAACGAAGACGACGGCUGAGCAGGUGAACCAGAAGCUGAAGGUGGCGGCUCACACAGAGCGCAAGAUCACGGUGGCGCGCGAGGAGUUCCGAGCCGUGGCGGCGCGCGGCUCCAUCCUCUACUUCCUCAUCGUCGAGAUGAGCAACGUCAACGUCAUGUACCAGAACUCCCUCAAGCAGUUCCUCACCAUUUUCGAUAAUUCCAUAACAAAGUCCAGCAAGAGCUCCGUGACGGAGGAGCGCAUAAACAACAUCCUAGCGUACCUAACGCACGAAGUGUGGGUAUUCACGCUGCGCAGUCUCUACGAGAAGCACAAGCCGCUCUUCACCCUCAUGUUGGCCAUGAAGAUAGACUGCCACAAGGGGAUCAUCUCGCACGACGAAUUCAACGCCUUUAUCAAAGGUGGCGCCUCGCUUGACCUGAAUGCUGUGGCGCCCAAGCCGUUCCGCUGGAUCUUGGACAUAACAUGGCUGAACUUGGUGGAAAUAAGCAAUUUACCAGCUUUUUCUGACAUCCUUAGUUUGAUAGAAGAAAACGAACGUGAAUGGCGUGUGUGGUACGAGAAAGAGAAGCCAGAGGAGGAGGAUAUACCCUGCGGCUACCAACGAAGUCUGGACGUCUUCCGGAAGCUCCUGCUAAUACGCUCCUGGAGCCCAGAUCGCACGCUCUCUCAGGCUCGCAAAUACGUCAUGGAGUCGCUGGGGCCGGAGUACGGGGAGGCGAGCAUCCUGGACCUGGAGCUGACGUGGUCCGAGUCGGAGCCGCGGACGCCGCUCGUCUGCAUCCUCUCCAUAGGCUCGGAUCCGUCGCCGCAGAUCACCAGCCUCGCCAGAGCCAAGGAGAUACCACUGCGGGCGGUGUCCAUGGGACAGGGACAAGAGCUGUGCGCCCGCAGGCUGAUCUGCGACUCGAUGGCGGGCGGCGGCUGGGUGCUGCUGCAGAACAUUCACCUGUCGCUGCCAUUCUGCAGCGAAGCCAUGGACGCGCUCGUCGAGACGGAAAAUAUACACGAAAGCUUUCGUCUCUGGAUGACUACCGAGGUCCACACUCAGUUUCCCAUCGCUCUGCUGCAGAUGGCGAUUAAAUUUACAAACGAGCCACCACAAGGAAUUCGCGCAAGUCUGAAGCGGACUUAUCAGAACAUUACACAGGACACGCUCGACUACUCGACACAGCCGCAGUGGCCGCCGCUGCUCUACGCCGUGGCCUUCCUGCACACCGUGGUACAGGAGAGGCGCAAGUUCGGACCGCUCGGUUGGAACGUCCCGUACGAAUUCAACCAGGCCGACUUCGCUGCCAGUGUACAGUUCAUUCAGAACCAUUUGGACGACAUGGAUCCCAAGAAGGGCAUUUCGUGGCCGACAGUGUGCUACAUGCUGGGGGAGGUGCAGUACGGCGGCCGAGUCACCGACGACUUCGACAAACGGCUGCUGACCACGUUCACACACGUCUGGUUCUGCGAUGUCCUGCUGCGGCCCGGCUUCGAGUUCUACCGCAACUACAAGGUGCCCAACACGCGGAACCUCCAGGGCUACAUCGACUACAUCAAUGGGCUGCCCGCCACCGACACGCCGGAGGUGUUCGGUCUGCACGGCAACGCGGAUAUCACGUACCAAAUCAACACGGCCAAAGAAAUUCUCGACACCAUUCUCAAUGUGCAGCCAAAGGAAGGUGGGAGCCAAGGCGGCGAGACGAGGGAGAACAUUGUGUACCGUCUUGCAGAAGACAUGCUCGAGAAGCUACCCAAGCAGUACAACAGUUUCGAGGUGAAAGAAGCAUUACAGAGAAUGGGUGCGCUUCUGCCCAUGAACAUAUUCCUCCGUCAAGAAAUAGACCGUAUCCAGCGUGUCAUUCGUACAGUGCAGACAACACUAUGUGACCUGAAGCUUGCUAUUGAUGGAACGAUCGUCAUGAGCCAGGGACUUCGUCAGUCGCUGGAUGCUAUGUACGACGCUCGUAUUCCGGAAAGCUGGCAGAAGGUGUCGUGGGAGUCGGCGACGCUGGGGUUCUGGUACACCGAGCUGCUAGAGAGGGAUGCCCAGUUCCGGCGCUGGUGUACUCACGGCAGGCCCAACGUCUUCUGGAUGACAGGAUUCUUCAACCCACAGGGAUUUCUAACCGCCAUGCGACAGGAAGUGACGAGAGCCCAUAAAGGGUGGGCCUUGGACUCAGUGGUUCUGCAAAACCUCAUUACGCGCCACAACAAGGAAGACCUCAACGACGCCCCGCCAGAAGGAGUGUAUGUCCACGGCCUCUUCCUUGAAGGAGCAAGUUUAGACAGGCGCUGUGGAAAACUAAUCGAAAGCAAACCUAAGGUUCUGUACGAGCAAAUGCCUGUCAUAUACAUAUAUGCUAUCAACACUACAGCGGGCAAAGAUCCUAAACUGUAUGAGUGCCCAAUAUACCGGAAGCCGCAGCGUACUGACCAGAAGUACGUGGGAUCGAUAGAUUUUGAAACUGACAACAAUCCUAGGCACUGGACCCUGCGAGGUGUGGCGCUUCUUUGUGACAUUAAAUAA